AUGCCGUGCAGAAUAUGGGAGAGCGAGAGGAGGCGGCAGAGAAGGCUGACCAUCCCAUUGAGAAGGCGGAGGCACCAGCUGGUGAAGCUGAGACCGAGAGACCUUCUCAUCCCCUUUGCAGGUUGCUUGCGAAAGCUUUGCCGGGAGGUGGCACAGCGCGUGAACACCAAACACUUUGCCAGUUGGUCUCUGGAGCUGGUUGUACUGCAGGAAAUGAAAGACAUUGCCCAACAGUUUCCCAAAGAUGCCAAGACUGCAUUGGAGCGACUCCGGACGUUACUGCUGGCAAAGGAGGGUGUCACGGCUUUUGAAGUCACUUGCAGUGGCGUUUCUGCAGCACUCUCCGCAUUUCUCUUCCCAGAAGGUGACGAGCAGUUGAAGGAACACUUGAGGCUCUUCUUGGAUCAUUUCGUGACACCACCUGGAGGAGCUUUGGUGAAGUUGGUAAAACUUUGUGUGUCUUCCUUACAACGGGCCGAGCAACAGCCCCUGAUGCUCUUCCCCACUCAAGCAUCGCCUGCCAUGUACCUACCUCGCCAUCUCAGUGUGGCAACAGCUCAGACACGCGCUCCAAGCUUCGAUGGCCUCAUGCGCCUCUCAAGUACUCGCAGCCUAGGUGGUGCCAGCUCACCCCUCCUCUCGGUGCUGCGCCUCUUGGCCAAGCCUGUGAAGGUGCUUCCAGUGUACUUGGAAGUCUUUGAAGUUGGAAGAAAGAAGGUCAUAUAG